UAUCCAUAUAAUUUUAGCUUAAAGAUGUCUAAACAGGUAUUGCCAUCCAGAAUGGCUCUUCAGCAACAAAAGGUCAAACUUAAGGCUGCUAAGAAGGGUCAUGAACUGCUUAAAAAGAAGUCAGAUGCCCUCAAGAAAGCGUUCAGAGAGGUCAUGCUUAAGAUCAUUGAUACUAAAAAGAGAAUGGGAGAUGAGUUCAGCCAGUCCAUGCUUUCCCUUGCUGAGGCCAACUUCGCAGCAGGUGACUUCGGAAGAAAUGUCGCCGACCAGGUUAAAACUAAGAGUAACAUCAGACUUUCAGUCACAGCAGAUAAUAUCGCAGGAGUCCAUCUUCCUAAGUUUGCUCUUAGAGGAGAAGAACGUGAGGAAAGUGAUGAUAAAGCCAUGCUAGGAUUAACUGGAGGAGGAAAGGCUAUUAAUAAGUGCAGAGAGCGUUUUGCUAAUUUCUUGAAGCUCCUCAUCCAAAUCGCCUCCCUCCAGACCCAAUUCAUCACUCUUGAUGAGGUUAUUAAGGUCACUAACAGAAGAGUCAAUGCCUUAGAAUUUGUUGUCGUCCCCAGAAUAGAGGAUAUUAUUAAUUUCAUUGAUAAAGAACUUGAUGAGCAAGCCAGAGAAGACUUUUUCAGACUCAAAAGAGUCACUGAUAACAAGAAAAAGGAGAAAGAAAAGGAGCUCAGAAAAUCUGAACAGAAAGGAGAACAAGAGCCAACCAAUGAGGGUGACGAUGGAGAAGCACUCCAAGAAACAAACAUGCUGGAAGAUUCUGACGAUGACAUUGUUUUCUAG